AUGGACCAUCCCCAUUCCCAUCAAGCCCGCUCACAACAUCCCCGCGCCCUCGCUCUCUUAUCGGGACAGCAACCGUCGACCAACCCCGCGCGCACAUCCCAGCAACAAUCCGCUAUGGACGAGAAACUCGACGAGAAGGCCUUGAUUGAGGCGUCAGCGCGUCGCGGACUCGGUCACCACCGUGACCCAUCUGCUCCAUGUCCCUGCACGCUUUCGCACUUCCCCUCGCCUUCAAUAUCGCGCUGCUCCCUCUCCUCACAUCCCACUGUUCUCUCUCCGGCGCGACCAUCUCCCUCCUUCGCCGGUUCCGCAUCACCGCGUGCCAUCUCCAGCUGGACUGCACCUACCCCCGCUUACACCCGCCCGCGCGGCCUUCGGAUAGCUAAUCUGCUAAAGCCUUGGAUUCCCAUCAUCUUGUACGCAAUCACAAGCCUCGGCUUCCUCGCUGCCAUCAGCUUUUGGAAGCUUGAGGUUUUCCGAGGUUUAGAUGCACUGUCUCACUGGCUGCAGUCCGACGCCUACGUUGGCUAUGCUGUGAUAUUCAUUCUCAUCUUCAUCACUACAUUCCCCCCAGUCCCUCUGUAUUCCACACUCGUUAUCCUAUCUGGCUACACCUUUGGUGCUUGGACUGGCGCUAUAAUUUCCUACCUGGCUUCUUUGGUCGGCGCACUCACUGUAUUCCUACUCUCUCGGGCCUUCUUCCGCAGCCAGAUUCAGCGCUGGCUCGCAUGUACCGUGACGAUCAAGCGGGUGGUCAGGGCGAUCGAGAAGCGACCCAAGCUUCUCUUCCUCAUCCGUCUUGCGCCCUACCCAUACAACGUUAUGAACUGCCUCCUUGCGGCGUCGUCGAGUCUGACCUUCCGGACGUACACGCUCUGCACCGCGCUCUCGCUCUUCAAGCUCAUCAUUCACACUAGCAUUGGGAGCUCGAUCCACUCAUUUGCGGAGUACCACGUGAAACCGUCUGGGUCGGCAGAGGAGAAUUCGCUGAGCUUCUACUCGACCGUCAUUGGCAUUGCGCUCUGCUUGGCCAUCUUUGUUUAUAUCUCGUACAUCACGCGCAGAGCAGUGAACGACGAGCUGAUGGACGAGGACGGCAGUAGCGAAGAGCGGGUGGCGUUCCUCGCCGGUGAUUCCGACGAUUUGGAAGCGCAGAUGCAUGAAGUGAGACCAGUGCCAGGGAGCUGA